UUCGCUCUGGCGACUAUGUGUUUAAUUCAUUCAUCUCCUAUUAAAAUUCUUCGCAGCUUUGAGUAGACCAGUUCAGUAUGAAUUUCUGGCUCCCCAGAAAGUGCGUCCCAAGAAUUAGCAUGGCUUUAUUUUCCGCUUACAAUAUACAAAUAUCCAGUUAGUUGCUAAUAAGCAAAGAUGCGGUUCUCGUUAAAUAUCAGUUUCAGUGGGAUAACGGUCUUGUUACUUUGUAUUUUAGAGAUUCCGUUAGUAUCUGGUCUUCAAAAUGACACAUCUUUCAAGAGCGCUACAAACGUGGGUCAGUUCGACUAUGACCUGAAGAAUGUUACCAAUACUACAGUUAGAAAUACUAACAACUUGUUAGUAUACAAAACGUUAGAUGUCAAUGACAAUGGAGUUUUGAAUUCAGUAAAUGUCACAGUACAUGGAAAGGCGGCAGUCACAAGACGAAUAAAGAAACGCAGAAAAUCUAGAAGAAAAGCAAUUCAGCAUAAAGCAUUGGCGCUUACAACAGAAUCCUCAUCACAGUCGUCUAGCAACCAAACUGAACCAAAUACAAAUAUCAAAAAGAAAAGGAGAAGGAAAUUAAGGAGAAGAAAGAACAGAAAGAACCGACGGAAGCAGAAUAAUACUCCCCACUAA